CAGAGCUCGUCCUCCACCGCCCCUGCGGCCCUCCCACCCCUUUGGGACUCUGCCCGGGCUGGCAGAGGGCCCCAUCCUCCAGCUCUGGGGACACUGAAGAAAGAGGGGCAUUCCUCAGUGGACACCUCAGGACACAACCAGGAAAUGGGGAGAUGCCUCCUAUGAGCACCCCACUCUGCGGAGAGCCAGAGAGCAGGGGAAAGGCAGGAGCGCUGGGCUUGGUCCUGGGACACCCUUUCGACACUGUCAAGGUGCGGCUGCAGACUCAGAACAAGUACCAAGGCAUCAUGGACUGCAUGGUGAAGACCUACCGCCACGAGUCGCUGCUGGGCUUCUUCAAGGGCAUGAGCUUUCCCAUCGCCAGCGUCGCCGUGGUCAACUCCGUGCUGUUCGGGUGCUACAGCAACGCGCUGCUGGCUCUCACGGCCACCUCCCACCAGGAGCGCCGCGCCCAGCCGCCCAGCUACACGCACGUGUUCGUGGCCGGCUGCACCGGGGGGCUCCUGCAGGCCUACUGUUUGGCCCCUUUCGAUCUCAUCAAGGUCCGGCUGCAGAACCAGACGGAGCCCAGGGCGCAGCUGGGGGGGCCGCCUCCCCGGUACCGGGGGCCCGUGCACUGUGCAGCCUGCAUCCUCCGAGAGGAGGGGCCCCGAGGGCUGUUUCGGGGAGCCUGGGCCCUGAUGCUGAGGGACACCCCCACGCUGGGGAUCUAUUUUGUCACCUAUGAGUGGCUGUGCCGCCAGUACACGCCAGAAGGCCAGACCCCCAGCUCAGCUACGGUGCUGGUGGCCGGGGGCUUUGCUGGCAUUGCCUCCUGGGUCACAGCCACCCCACUGGACGUGGUCAAGUCCCGGAUGCAGAUGGCAGGGCUGGAGCGUGGAGCCUACCAGGGCAUGCUGGACUGCAUCGUGCGAAGCGCCCGCCAGGAGGGUCUGGGCGUCUUCUUCCGGGGACUUCUCAUCAACAGCGCCCGAGCUUUCCCCGUCAACGCUGUCACCUUCCUCAGCUACGAGCACCUCCUGCUCGCCUGGGCCUGACGCCAGGAGGGGACCCAGACCCCGACUGCCCGGCACUUUCCCCAGGGCUCCCAGCCUGUGACUCCAGCCCUGCUGGCUGACUGUCCCCAGCAGGAUCACCCCGUCACCCCUGUCCUCUGGAGGCUGUCUGUCCUCCGCAGGGCCACCCUGUCGCCCCUGUCCUCUUCAGCCUGCCCCACCCUUGACCUCACUGUGAACUCCGUGAGGUCAGACUGGGACUCUAGACGGUCCUCAGGUUCAGUGCGGCCUACUGGGCCUGGCAGUGUCCACACCACUCCCCCACCACCCCGUGCCUCUGUCCCCCCUGUCACUCCCCCCUCAGGUGCCCUUAGGAGGGAUGCCAGAGUCCGGGUGUCGGCCCCUCCCCUCCCAACCUGUGGCACCCACCUUCUGACCAGCUGAGUCGCUAAGGCUCAGUCGAGAGGGGCCUGGGAGGUGUGAGUCGAGGCACAGGUUACAGUGCUCCAGGACCCAGGCCAAACCCCCAGUCCCCAUCUGCAGGAGGGAGCUUCACGAGAGGUGAAGCUGGGCAGCAGGUAUCUCUCCUAUCUCCUCUUCUCUCUCAGAUUCUCUCUGUCCUAUCAAAUAAUAAUUCAUUUAAAAACAGCAGGCAGGCAGGGGUAGAUAGCAUAAUGGUUGUACAAAGAGGCUCAUGCCUGAGACUCCAAAGUCACAGGUUCAAUCCCCUGCAUAACAAUAAGCCAGAACUGAGCAGUGCUCUAGUAAAAUAAAUAAAUAAAUAAAUAAAUAAAUAAAU